UGACCGUCUCGUCGUCCUCCAUCGGCAUUUGAGAGACGAGCAUCAGCAGCAUCAUCAUCAUCAACAGCAGCAGCAUCGGCAGCAUCAGCAGCAUCAGCAGCAGCACAGCCGCCUCGAAACCAGACCUGCAGUCAGAGACAGAAGUGUCUCGUCCACAUAUUUAUUUAGCAGUGGAACCGCGUCUCAGGUCCCGGUUGUUAUAGCUGCGGGGAUUGCGCUGUCUGCUGCAUUUGCGGGCUUCCUAUAGCAUGGAGUCGGACUAAAGGAAUGGCUCUACGUCGGAAAGACUCUGCGCUCUGUGCCGUAGCUGAGCUGAGUGACUAAGUUGAGCAGUUCGAGCCAUGGAGGAUAUGGACAGUAAACCCUACCAGCCAUUGCCUAAGGGGCGUCAUGAAAUGGAGAUGUCCUACACUAGCUCAUCUGACGAGAGUGAGGAUGGCCGCGCCCACCACCGCUCCUACACUUCACGUGAAACCCUGCCGGACUACACGCAUGAGCUGCGCCUCACCCUCGGCUCACACCGGGAGAGACAGAGCAACUACAGCCAACCCCAGCCAGAUUUAGACUUCUGCAAAUCUGGUCAAAUGAGGAGCCCAGACUACCACAUCCACCAGCAGCAGCAGCGACAGGAGGAGGAGGAGGAAGCGCUGUGCUCUGGACCGGUCGCUCACGUCCACAGCCGCCCUUACUCCCUGGGCAUGGGCUCGGACGUGGACACUGAGCCUGAGGUGGACCCCUCUCCCGCUCACGGCCUGCAGCACAUGUGGAUGCGUGGCAUCAAGUCUGAGCAGAGUUCCUGCCUCACAAGCCGCGCCAACUCUGCCCUAUCGCUCACUGACACCGAGCACGACAGGAAGUCUGAGCCUGACAAUGAGCUGCCCAGCAGUCCAGGUGGACAGUUCACUUUUCGUCCACUGCCCCCGCCGCCACCGCCGCCCCACGCCUGCACUUGUGCCCGCCCGGCGCCCUACACUCAAGUCAGCCUGCAGAGGAAGACCAUGCCAACACGGUGCCAGGGCAGUCAGGGCGGCCAAGGGGCAGACAGCAGCUCGAGCGCAGACCAAGCACAGCUUCACAACAGCUGGGUGCUCAACAGCAACAUUCCCCUGGAGACCAGGCACUUCCUGUUCAAGCAAGGCUCUGGUUCAUCGGCUCUACUGUCAGGGGCGGGGCAGGGUUACCCUCUGACCUCUGGGACGGUGUACUCUCCUCCGCCACGGCCCCUCCCUCGCAGCAGCGUGACCAGGCCACUGUUUACUUUCAACAAGCCUCACCGCUGCUGCAACUGGAAGUGUACAGCUCUGUCGGCGUCGCUCCUCACCCUCACCUUGGCCCUGCUGCUCACAUACGUCAUUGCGGUCCACCUGUUGGGUCUGACCUGGCAUCUGCGGCACGGUGAGAGCCAGCUGUACGAGAACGGCCUGAGCUCGGCGGACCAUCAGCUGGAGGACCACGGCAAAACCCGACCGACCACCUCAAUCCAGCUGCUGGACACACUCAACCCUGAAAACACACACGUUGGUGACAAAGAGAAGUGGGUGCGAGGCCGAGCCAUCGACCGCGGCGAGGUCGACGUCGGUACCCAGCAGAGCCAGGCAAUCCCACCAGGACUUUUCUGGAGGUUUCAUAUGACCGUGCACCAUCCAACCUACAUCAAGUUCAACCUCUCGCUCUCACACAAUGCUCUUCUGGGGAUCUACGGACGCAGGAACAUACCACCUACACACACUCAGUUCGACUUUGUGAAACUGCUGGAUGGAAAGGCGCUGCCUAGAUCCUUGACUGAUCCCGUCUCAACUGCCAAAGCUCCCAAAGGCCUGCUGCUGAGUGGCCUCCAAGAAACAGGCUUCAUCGAGUACAUGGACCCCGGCACCUGGCACCUCGCUUUGUACAAUGAUGGACGCAACCUGGAGCAAGUGUUGCUCCACAGCAGUCCUAUAGACUCAAUGGACGGUUGCGCCACAGACUGUAAUGGAAAUGGAGAGUGUGUGGCCGGACACUGCCACUGUUUUGCUGGAUUCUUGGGUCCUGACUGUGCCAAAGACUCGUGCCCCGUGCUGUGCAGCGGCAACGGCGUUUAUGAAAAAGGGAGGUGUGUGUGCCUGACGGGGUGGAAGGGGGCAGAGUGUAAUGUGGAGGAAGGUCAGUGUAUCGACCCCACCUGCUCCAACCACGGCUCCUGCAUCCAGGGAAUAUGCAUAUGCAGUCCUGCCUACAAAGGGGUGAACUGUGAACAAGUGGACUGCAUAGACCCUCAGUGUGGCGGACACGGCGUGUGUGUCCGCGGCGAGUGUGUGUGCUCAGCAGGCUGGGCAGGAGUGAGCUGUGACGAACAGCUGCCAGCCUGUCAAGAACAGUGUUCGGGACAUGGCACCUAUCUCCCCGAGUCAGACACCUGCGCCUGCCAGCCCAACUGGACGGGACCAGACUGCUACACUGAAUUGUGCCCAGUGCCAUGUGGCAGCCACGGUGUUUGCUCAGAGGGCCAGUGCCAGUGUGAGGAGGGCUGGAUUGGCGCUGCGUGUGACCAGCGAGCAUGCCAUCCUCGCUGCGAAGAACACGGCCAAUGCCAUGACGGGACCUGCAUCUGCCAGCCCGGUUGGGAGGGAGAGCACUGUAACAUUGUUACUCAUGACUUGGACGUAGUAGUGAAAGAUGGCUGUCCAGGGUUGUGCAGUGGGCAUGGACGCUGUACCCUGGAGCAGAGCGGUUGGCGUUGCGUCUGCCAGGCCGGAUGGAGUGGGCCUGGAUGCAGCGUUGUCAUGGAAACUGACUGCAGUGAUGGAACAGACAAUGACGGAGACGGCCUGAUGGACUGUGUUGACCCCGACUGCUGCGAGCAGCUGAGCUGUGGCUCUGACCCCCUGUGUCACGGCUCUGCCGACCCAUUGGCACUGUUGCAGCAGAGCCCUCUGACCCCCACCACACCCCCCUUGCCCACCAGCACACACACACACAGCUUUUACCGGCGCAUACACUUCCUUCUUGGCAAGGCAGCUACACACACACUCCCUGGAGAUGUGCCCUUUGAUACCAGCCGAGUAUCAGUAAUCAGAGGUAGCAUCGCUUUGCAAGACGGCUCUCCUCUGGUUGGAGUCAACAUCACCUUCCCACAGCAUCCGGAGUAUGGAUACACUAUUAGUAGGCAGGAUGGAAGCUUCGACUUGGUGACCUUGGGUGCAAUGUCUUUGACAUUGAUGUUCCAGCGCCCGCCCUUCCUGCCACAAACACGCACCAUCUGGACACCGUACAACAACUUCCUCGUUCUGGAUCAGGUGACCCUGUCCAGGGAGGAAGCUCAAGCUCCUAAGUGUGACGUCAGGAGUGUUUUGAGUCCCUACCCACUCGUCCUGCCCUACCCUCUUCCCAGAUACAUGGGUGCAUGUGCUGAAAAGGGACCAGCUGUACCUGAGCUACAGGCAGUACAGGAAGAAGUUUCAAUUCCAGGAGGCUUUGUGAAGCUAAACUAUUUGAGUACCCGUGCUGCAGGCUAUCUCUCUGUGCUGCGUAUCCUCCUCACACCUCCCUCCCCUUCAUCCCCGGUCUCCCCAUUGGGAGGUCUAUCCAAGGUGCAUGUCCGAGCAUCGGUCCAGGGGAGAUUGUACCAGCGCUGGUAUCCUGCAGGGCCUGGCCUGGUGCACAGGCUGGUGUGGAACAAAACUGAUGUUUAUGGCCAGGAGGUCUGGGGCCUCACUCAUGCAACUGUAUCCGUUGGCUAUGAAUACGAGUCGUGUCCGGGUGUCAUCCACUGGGAGAGGAGGACAGCUCUGAUGCAAGGAUUUGAACUGGUCCCUUCAAACCUGGGAGGCUGGUCACUGGACAAACACCACACCCUCAACAUACACAGUGGAAUCCUUCACAAGGGAAAUGGAGAAAACGUCUUCCUCUCCCAGCAGCCUCCUGUCAUCAGCUCAGUAAUGGGGAACGGUUUCUACCGCAGCGUCCCCUGUGGUGCAAGCUGCAAUGGUGCAGCCCGGGACAUGAUGCUGUUUGCCCCCGUGGCUCUGGCCUGUGGCCCCGAUGGCUCUCUCUAUGUGGGGGACUUCAACUUUAUCCGCAGGGUCCAUCCAGAUGGAUACACCAGAACCAUACUUGAACUCAAGAACCGGGACACCAGACACAGCACCAGCCCUGCACACAAGUACUACCUGGCCAUGGACCCGAGGGGGGAGGUCCUGUACGUGUCGGACACCAGCAGUCGCAGAGUGUACCGAGUGAGAAACCUUGGGCAGCCAAAAGACCCUUCACGUAACCUGGAGGUAGUGGCUGGGACAGGAGAGCAGUGUCUACCCUUUGACCAGAGCCACUGUGGAGAAGGCAGGAAGGCUGCGGAAGCUGCACUCAAUAAUCCUCGAGGUAUCGCGGUGGAUAAGAGAGGCGUCGUCUACUUUGUGGAUGGCACCACCAUCCAGAAGAUUAAUGAGAGGGGUUUGCUCUCCACUGUGAUUGGCUCAAACGGACUGAUGUCGACGCAGCCGCUCAGCUGUGAUUCACGCAUGGACAUCAGCCAGGUACGUCUAGAGUGGCCGACAGACCUGGCCAUUAACCCACUGGACAAUUCUCUUUAUAUCCUGGACAACAACAUCGUUUUGCAGGUGUCAGAAAGUCUUCAAGUGCGCAUUGUGGCAGGACGUCCCAUCCACUGCCAGGUUCCAGGUAUCGACCACCACCUGGUGAGCCGGGCGGCAGUACGCGCCACCCUGGAGGCUGCCAAAGCCAUCGCCCUGUCCCACCAGGGCACACUGUUCAUUGCAGAGACUGACGAGCGACGCAUCAACCGCAUCCAGCAGGUGUCGACCAAUGGGGAGAUCUCUGUUAUUUCUGGCGCCCCCACGGACUGUGACUGUAAGAUAGACCCCAACUGUGACUGCUUCUCUGGAGAUGGAGGCUACGCCCGCGAUGCUCGACUCAAGGCCCCCUCCUCUCUGGCCGUCGCCCCCAACGGAACGUUGUAUAUUGCUGAUCUGGGAAACAUCCGGAUCAGAGCUGUCAGCCUCAACCAGCCUCAGCCCAACCCAACUGGACUGGUGGAGAUCAGCUCCCCACUGGACCAGAAGCUCUAUCUCUUCAGCCAGAACGGCUCGCACAUGUUCACCAAACACCUGAUCACUGGCCACCACCUGUACAACUUCACUUAUGGCACAGACGGUCAGCUGUCUGGGCUGACGUGCCGCAACGGCCAUGGGCUCCAGGUGAGGAGAGACGCCCAUGGAGUGCCUCUCUGGCUGGCGCUACCUGGCGGACAGGUGUACUGGCUGUCUCUUAGCAACAGUGGAACACUGAGGAAGGUGUCAGCCCAAGGCCAUGACAUCGCCCACAUCACUUACCAUGGCAACACAGGUCUCCUAGCAACCAAGAGUGAUGAGAACAGUUGGACCACUGUUUAUGAGUACAACAGCGAGGGCCGUGUGACCAACAUCACCCUCCCCACGGGUGACGUGAGUGGUUUCCACGGCAACCUGGAGCGCUGGUCUCGGGUGGAGGUUGAGGCAUCUAACCGUGAGAACUUCAUCACCAGCACCAACCUUUCUGCCAGUGACACCAUCUACACCUUCAGACAAGGUAGAGCAUCAUGGGGCAUUUUUCCUCUGCCACUAAACUCAUACAGAGUCAGCGCUGAUGGGUCGUUUCUUGUGUCGCUGGCAAACGGGAUGGAGCUGUCACUCAGCACGGAGCCCCUCCUCCCCGGAGGCGUCGGAGGAGGACUCAGUCCCACAGCCAGCCGCUGUAACAUCAGCCUGCCAGGAGACCACGCCCCCAGCCUGAUAGAGUGGCGGCAGAGGAAAGAGCAGAGCAAGACUAACUACAGCACUUAUGAACGCAGGCUCAGGGCACACAACAGGAACCUGCUGUCUAUUGACUUUGAUCAGAGCACUAGAGUAGGAAAGAUCUACGAUGACCACAGGAAGUUCACCCUCCAUAUCCAGUAUGACCAACUUGGGCGGCCUGUGGUGUGGUCUCCCAGCAGCAAAUACACUGAAGUCAAUAUCAGCUACUCUGGUGGAGGACUGUUGUCAUCCAUUCACAGAGGAGAGUGGUCUGAACGGCUGGAGUAUGAGAAUGACCGGGUGGUGUCCAGAGCCUGGGUCAAUGGAAAGAUCUGGAGCUACACAUACGCAGACCGAUCCAUCAUGCUGCUACUGCAUAGCCAGCGCCGCUACGUCUUUGAAUACGACCAAACAGACCGCCUGGUUGCCGUGACGAUGCCCAGCAUGGUGAAACACACCCUGCAGUCUCUCCUGUCCAUUGGUUACUACAGGAAUAUUUACAUGCCUCCCGACAGCCAGGCCUCCUUCGUGCAGGACUACACCCUGGAUGGGCGGCUGAUGAGAGUUCAGUACUUGGGAACAGGACGCAGUGUCAUCUACAGGUAUACACCAGCAGCGCGGCUCUCUGAGGUGGUUUAUGACUCCACCCUGGUGACCUUCACUUAUGACGAGGCCUCUGGCACCGUCAAGACCAUUCAUCUCACCCAUAACGGCUUCAUAAGUUCCAUACGCUACAGACAGACGGGUCCUCUGACAAGCCGCCAGAUCUUCCGCUUCAGUGAGGAAGGUUUGGUCAACGCCAGGUUCGACUACAGCUACAACAACUUCAGAGUGACAAGCAUGCAGGCGGUCAUCAAUGAGACCCCUCUGCCUAUUGAUCUGUACCGUUACGUGGAUGUGUCGGGAAGAGUUGAGCAGUUUGGGAAGUUUAGCGUCAUUUUCUAUGAUCUCAACCAGGUGAUCACCACCCAUCUGAUGAAGCACACCAAGGUAUUUAACUCCUAUGGUCAGGUGGUCGAGGUCCAGUAUGAGAUCCUCAAGUCUAUCGCGUACUGGAUGACCAUCCAGUAUGACUCAGCAGGGCGCACCACCACCUGUGACAUCAGGGUGGGCGUGGACAGCAACGUGACGCGCUACACUUACGAGUAUGACGCAGACAGCCAGCUGCAGAGCGCCUCUGUCAAUGAGCGGCCUCAGUGGCGCUACAGCUACGACCUGAAUGGGAACAUCAACCUGCUCAGCCACGGCACCAGUGCGAGGCUGACCCCACUGCGCUACGACCAGAGAGACCGCAUCACACACCUCGGCGAGUUACAGUACAGCGUGGAUGACGACGGCUUCCUCCGCCAGCGAGCCAAUGACCUCUUCGGCUACAACUCAAACGGCUUGCUGACCCGCGUCUUUAACCGAGUGACGGAGCGCACCGUGUUGUACCGCUACGACGGCCUGGGUCGGCGUGUGGCCGCCAAGAGCAGCCAGGGCGAGCAGCUGCAGUUCUUUUAUGCCGACCUGUCAAACCCCACCAGGGUCAGCCACUUGUACAACCACAGCAGCAAUCUGAUCACAUCACUGUACUACGACCUCCAGGGCCAUCUCAUCGCUAUGGAGCUGAGCAGCGGAGAGGAGUACUACGUCGCCUGCGACAGCGUGGGGAGUCCAAGAGCAGUUUUCUCCAGCAAGGGCCGAUUGGUCAAAGAGAUUUUCUACACCCCCUACGGAGAGGUUUAUCAGGACACCAACCCUGACUUCCAGCUUGUUAUCGGCUUCCACGGAGGCUUGUAUGAUCCUCUCACGCGACUGGUUCAUUUGGGCAGGCGGGAUUACGACACGUUGGCUGGCCGAUGGACUUCGCCAAAUCACGAGCUGUGGGGCGAGCUGAGCAAGGAGCCGAAGCCGUUCAACUUGUACGCCUUCAAAAAUAACUGUCCAGUCGGGAGGGUGGAGGAGGUGACACACUUUACCACGGAUAUUGGUAGCUGGCUGCAGCUAUUUGGUUUCCAGCUCCAUAAUGUGGUUCCAGGCUUCCCAAAGCCUGAGGUGGGCCGAAUGGAACAAACAUAUGAACUCAUGAAGACACAGACCAGGACCCAGGACUGGGACUCCAGCAAGGUGACUCUGGGGAUCCAGUGCGAGCUGCGGCGGCAGCUGAGGAGCUUCAUCUCUCUGGACAGGUUACCUCUGGUGUCCGAGCCCGUCGGCUCCACGUGCCACAGACCGACGCGUCCUCCCCCCUUCGGUUCCAGACCUUCUCUGCUGGGCCCCAGUAUCCGUUUUGCCGUCUCCCACAGCCGAGUCAGUGCGGAAGUCAUCGGUGUCGCCAGCGAGGACAGCCGCCGCGUGGCAGCCAUUUUAAACGGUGCUGUCCACCUGAGCGGGCUGAGCUUCACUGUGCAAGGCUGCGACACCCACCACUUCCUCCAGUCCCGGCCUAUCGAAGAUGACCUCGCCCUGGGGUUGGGAGUCGGCGGCCGCGUCCUCGAGAACGGCGUCAACGUGAGCGUGUCGCAGAUGAGUGCCACGGUGAGCGGCAGGACUCGGCGAUUCGCUGAUAUCACUCUCCAGCAGGGGGCACUGUGUCUGUGCGUGCGCUACGGCGGAAACGAGGAGGAGGAGCGGGCACGGGUGAAGGAGGAGGCGAGGAAGAGAGCAGUGGAGGGGGCAUGGGAGAAGGAGAAGAAGAGGGUGGAUUUGGGAGAUGCAGGGAGCAGGGUGUGGAGCGACGCGGAGAAGCAGCAGCUGCUUUCAGCGGGACGUGUUCAGGGUUACGACGGCUACUACUCGCUGCCUAUAGAGCAGCAGCCGGAGCUGUCCGACUGCCCCUCCAACAUCCACUUCAUGACACUAAGCGAGGUGGGGGGCAGGUAACAGAGACACAUGAGCAGCCCCUCACCCCACCAAAGACUGCCCGUUUCUACUCUACUCUGAUUUGUUCUACUGUUUCUAUACUGUAUGAAAAGAAGACGACGACAAAGAAGAACAAGAAGAGAGAUUGGGGGGAAAAAAAAUGAUUCCAAAUGCCUUUAAUUGUGACAAAAUGAUGGUAUUUUAUUAUUACUGUCCAGUUUCUCCAAUUUCUAACAGUGGCACAAGCAGUGUGGUUUGACUGUGGCUUUGCUUUUUUUGUAUCCCAACUGGCCUAGGACUCACUGACUGACUUACUGACUGACUGUGUCUGUCAUUUGCUGUCUCAACACUGUUCAUCAUUUUGGAACUGUUCAAGCUCACUGAACUGUAGAGGUAAAGACUUUUAGGAUUGCUAGUGAAAAAUCCUCCUCAUGACUCAAACCAAGAGCUCUCCGGUUGCCAUUUGAGUUCCUACAUGGUUUACCUCGGAAAUACUGUCGUUUACAUAUUGUGUAAGAGAGGCCUUGUCGACUCUGACACUCCCCUUUAGAGAAGGAAACCUUGUGUGGUUUUCCACCUCUGGUGUGCUCCAACAGUAGUUUGUAUGAGUGUGUAUACUAAAAUCAAGAAUGUACAUAGCCAGUGCUUUCACACUGAAAAAAGUGCUCAACUGGAAAUUCUGUUGUUCAUAAGUAAGUGUCAGUAUUGUUAAUCAAUAGAAAAACAGUUACAUUUUUGCAAAGAAUUAUACAUGGCUAUAGUAAAUAUUCUCGCUGAAAAAUCUGACUUUAUUGGGUUACAAUGCUGAUUAAAGUUAUUAUGUGUGAAUUA